CUGAGAUUGUUGAUCUGUAAACCCAACAUUGAAUAAUUUCAGUUGUGCUCUACGGGUGCUACAGUUAGAAAGUACGAUAAAAAAUUUGUGUUUUUAAAAGAAUUCCUAAGGUGAUGGAGGUCUCUGGUCAGCGCCUAUACUAUGAGUGGCAGAAGUGGCAGGCUUUUAAGGAUCGUCCUGUUGGAUUUAAAGCCGAGCCGUCGACCUUUUUAAAUGGUUCAUUCAAUCUGUACCAGUGGAAGUGCUUGAUUACUGGCCCAGAGUCAUCGCCAUGGGAGGGAGGCAAGUACACGGUGAUCAUGAGUUUUCCGCCCGAAUUCCCGAAAAUUCCACCCAAAUGCCGGAUCUUUCCGCCUAUAUUCCAUCCGAAUGUGUCUGACACGGGCGAUGUUUAUAUUCCCGAUCUGGCCGAGGAUAUGUGUUGGUCUCCGGAUUUUACCAUUGGACAGAUCCUGAUGCGCAUUCAGAAAAUUUUGGUACGAGAGAAUAGCACGUAAUACCGCAAUGGCAAGGGCACAAGAAGAUGAAUUUGGAAAUAGAGAUGAUGAUGAAAA